AUGGCAUUCCUGAAACGAUGGUGUUUCACGUUCGUUGACUAUUGGAAAAUGGUCGGAAAUGAUUAUAUGGUAGUCAUUGGAGAUUUAUUGCAAGAUACGAAAAACAGACCAAUCAUAGCUGUGAUCAAACUAUUGCCAUUGAGUGGUGCAUUUUAUGCUUAUAAGACAAAUCCGACAGAAGGGGACAUGCUCAAUUCGCUAGUAGAAAAAAGGCGACAAAUGGUACUUGUACCAAAUUCAAUACACAGUAAAAAAGCGGACGAUGAAAUUGCAUCGCGUACGUUGUACAUAAAUCAAAAUCGACUGAAACUUAUUAAUUGCAUUGUGUUUUCCAUCCUCAUCAAGCCAUCUGAUAGCGAUGACGUAUGCUUGUACGAAAAUCGAGUUUCUAUUCUAAGACGAUGGUGGUGGAAGCGGUACAAUGAUAUCAUUGAUAUUGGCGCUUUCAACAAUUGGUUUAAACUUGGGAAAAGUUGCGAAAAUUAUGAUAUCAACGAUAAUGAAUUUAAUAAUUCUGUUGGCAAACUUGAAUAA